AUAAAUAUAAAUAAAUAAUAAUUAAUUGUACUAUUAUUUAGCAGAAUUUAGACGAUUGCCAUAAUUUGGAAGAUAAUGCAAUAAUGGUGAACGAUUGUCUUGAACCGUUCGACUGCCAACAUAAACUUUUUCAAAACUUGAAUCUAAAUUCGACCCAUGAAAUGGAAGAUUUAAAUGACUCUAAACUUGCCUACGUGGUGGCUACAGAAUGUGCAGUAUCUUUGUCAAAGAACUAUAUUUUACAUUUAGCAGUAAAAAGAGAUGGUGAUCUAACUAUAGCAGCGGGUCUUUCAAAUGCUUCUUGUCUUAUAUAUAAAUUAAAUGAUAAUGGACUGAUACAGUUAACAUCAAUAAAAGGACAUGAGGAAGGGAUUACAGAAUUAAAAUUCGACAAAAAUGAUCAAAAUUUAUUGUAUACCUCAUCAUUGGAUGGCACAGUUAAACAAUGGGAUUUGCGAAAUACAGCACAAUCAUGCUACACCUUAAAAGGACAAGAUUCGACAAAAACACCUUUGUUAUCAUUUGAUGAAGAUAUAUCUGGUCGUUUGUUGUGUGCUGGCACUGAGCAUACUGAUGGCGACGCUUUUCUUCUAUUUUGGGAUUCAAGAAGUACAAAGUUACUUGGUGGCUAUUGGGAAUCACAUGAUGAUGAUAUAACACAAGUUCAAUUUCAUUUAUACAAGCGCAACUUGAUGAUGAGUGGUUCAACGGAUGGUUUAAUAAAUGUUUUUGACAUAAGUCAGUCAAAUGAAGAUGAUUCAUUACAAUAUACAUAUAAUACAAUGAGCUCAGUACAGAAAUUGAACUGGUUUAAAGGAAAAAAUAAUUCUGAAAAUAUAUCAUGCAUUACUCAUACCAAUGAUUUACAAAUAUGGGAUAUGGAAAAUUGCUCAAGGAUUGCAAAUUUCAGGAGAUCGAGUGUUACUAAUUUUACCAAAAGAAUCAGAUGUGAUGACUGCUAUCUAAUAAACACUCAUAAAACAAAAGAUUCUGAUGUGAUGGUUAUAGUCGGAUCUAAUGCUGGAAAUGGAGAAUGUUUAGAAGGUUUGUUAUUGGGGAAGGAAAAUCUUCAACAUGCAAUAUCAUUUCCUGAUAACAAGCAAAUUAUUUGCAGUUCAUUCUUUGAUGAAAAGAAUGAAUUAUUCAUUAUGGGUGGCGAAACAGGAAUACUUUCAGUGUUCAAACCUGAAAAUUCUGUGAACUUGAAUGAAAAAAAGAAUACAAAUAUAGUUUCGAAUAAAAAGAUAAAUAAGUUAAAACCUUACUGAUAAUUAUGCUACUGUUUAUAUAAAAUCAAUAUAGGAUAAAUAGAUGAUAUUAUCAGAGAUGAAGCAAAAGAACCAUUAUAAAUGAAGUCAAAAUGCAAGUUCAAGUGCAAAUUUUGACUAGUAUU